ACCACAUAUAAAGAUCAUAUCUUGCCAUGAAGAGAUUCAUGGCUUGCUUGAUAGCCGGCCGACAUUCACCGAUCAGCUUGUGAUUCGUAAAGACGCGGAUUUGAACGCGCUUUUAUAUUAUUUUUCAAUAAGUGAGUCUGUGAAAUGGCUUUCCUGAAAAGCAUCUGGAAAAACAACGGCAAACACCAAAAAUUAUCAGAAGAACUGGCCUUACAAAACGCCAAAGAGGCCGAAAACGACCAAACAGAGAUUGAAAAUGAAAACGACGUCAUUACUUUUAAAUUAAAAUAUUUAGGCAGUACCGUAGUUGAAAAAUUGGUCGGGGACAGCAUUAACACCGAAGCCGUCAAAAACAUAAUCAAAGUCACUAAAGCCAGCCGAAAAAAGCUCCAAAGGGUCAAUAUCGCGAUUUCUCUUAAGGGAAUUGCCGUUACGGACCUGGAAGGCAACGAUAUUUUAAAAAUAUCGAUAUACAGGAUUUCGAACUGCUCGACUGACCCCACCCAUCGUCAAGUAUUUUCGUUUGUUUCGACCGAUGCCCAUGAAACAAUGGAAUGUCACGCAUUCAUUUGUUCCAAGCGAAAGAUGGCCGAAACUGUCACGUUGGCCGUAGCUCAUGCUUUCAGUACAGCAUACGAGGCUUGGAGGAUUUUACCGACGACCAAAGAGUUUGAAAAAAAUGUUACGACGAAGGAAAAUCAACAAAAUCGCACGAAUACGGUUGAGGAAAAAUUGAUUGAUUUUGGCGAUGAGGACCAAUCAGAGUUUGCCACGCCGACGUGUCAGGGCACAAUGAACAGUCAUUGGGUCUGUUUCGAUGAUGACUUCAGCGAAGCUCGAAACGGCUUCAAAACUGACUUAAUUGUGGCUUAGUUGUAGAUAUUUUAAGUUUUUUAUGUAUGUUUUUUAACCAGGAUUUGUGUAGAAAUUUAAAUUAUUAUCGCCAUGACACUUGUAUCACUGUCUCUCUUUUUUAAUUCUUGAAUAAACGUUCAAAUGUUA